CUCGGCCGCCCUCCCGCCCCGUCCAGGCCUCCCUAUGCGGGCCGCCCCGCCGCUCAGGAUGAUGCCGCGCCCUCUGGGGAGCAGCACGGCCUUCAGCAUCGACGCGCUCAUCGGCAGCCCGCCGCCGCCCAGCCCGGCCCACUUCGUCUACGCCGGCUACCCCAUGUUCAUGCCCUACCGGCCCGUCGUCCUCCCGCCGCCGCCCCCGCCGCCCCCGCCGCCGCCGCCGCCCCCGCCGCCCGCCCACCCGCUGCCCUUCUGCUCCGGCCUGGCGCAGGGCAUGGCGCUCACCUCCACCCUCAUGGCCAGCCUGCCCGGCACCUUCGCCGCCGCCGCCGCCGCCCAGCAGCACCACGAGGCCGCCGCCCGCAAGUUCGCCCCGCCGCCCGCCAACUUCGACAAGGCCGACGCCGCCCAGGCCGACGCCGACGAGGGCAAGGCCUUCCUGGCCAAGGACGGCUCCCUCCUGGCCUUCGCCGCCGCCGCCGAGGCCGUCCAAGCCUCCCUCGGGGCCGUGCGAGGCGCGUCGGGGAAGGACGAGGCGAAAGGCGAGGAGGAGGCGGCGGCGGCGGCGGCGGCGAAGGGCAAGGACGAGAGCUUCUCCAUGGACAGCGACCUGGACUACAGCUCCGACGACAAUCUGCCCGGCGGCCAGGCGGCGCACAAGGAGGACGAGGCGGGCCACGGGCUGGAGGAGAGCGGCCCGAGCGCGGCGGCCGCCAACAGCGCCACGUCCACGGGCAAGAACCGGCGGCGGCGCACGGCCUUCACCAGCGAGCAGCUGCUGGAACUCGAGAAGGAGUUCCACUGCAAGAAGUACCUGUCGCUGACGGAGCGCUCGCAGAUCGCGCACGCCCUCAAGCUCAGCGAGGUGCAGGUGAAGAUCUGGUUCCAGAACCGGCGCGCCAAGUGGAAACGGGUCAAGGCCGGCAACGCCAACUCCAAGACCGGCGAGCCCUCGCGGAACCCCAAGAUCGUCGUGCCCAUCCCCGUCCACGUCAGCCGCUUCGCCAUCCGGAGCCAGCACCAGCAGCUGGAGCAAGCCCGGCCCUGA